AAUCUUCACAUAUUGACAGAUCUGUGUCUGCUGAUGAUAGUGAACUCAAUAUUACAUUCUUGAUUGAGAACUUGAAGAACAUGAUAAUGAAGAAAUUAUUCAUGUUAUAUAUGACUGAGUAUUCUGUGUCUCUUCUUGCCUCUUCUGCUACUUCUUUCUCUGCUACUUCUCUCUCUGUUUCUUUCUCUGCUACUUCUCAAUCUUCUACACUUACCUCUAUGUCUGGUUCUCUCACUUCUGCUACCUCUGUUCCUGUAACUCUCACUUCUGCUACUUCUGAUUUUAUCAUCUCUGCUUUCAUUACCAGCUCUCUCUGUUUUAAGAAGAUAUUGUAUAGACUUAAUAAAUUAUCUCUCUCAACAUGUACACUCUCACUCUUCUUAUCAACUCUCAGAAUAAUUUAUUAUACAAAGACU